AUGCUCGCCAGCAAUGCACCGCGAACGUCGAAAAUAAGUCGAGAUGUGAGUUUCAGAUUUGAAUUGGCGCCCUCUCUGGAGCGUAUUUACAACAUCUCAAUUUUAGGUGAGCAACUUCAUAAUUACACAAGUGCUCGAGAGAAGCGACGACCUCAUCAAGAAUUCGUAUCGACGAUUGACUACAGAAAAUGUUGCCAGAAAUGAGCACUGGUCUCGGAUUGCCGAGAAAGUGAGCGAAUUUCGCAGAUUUCAAGAUAACGGGCUCUUUUUUUUAGGUCGCCGAAAAGUUCGAUAUUCCUGCCGAGAUGGAACGCGUCAAGUCGCACUUUCACAAUCGAAAGAAAGUACUUUUGGCACGAAUCAAAGACGAACUCAAGUAAGGAGCCACUAAUUACUAGGAAGAAGCAUAUGCCCAUCUACUUUUCAGAAAUGUGAACAAUUCAGCGUUGUUAACGACUGAUGAGAAAUUGGAGGAGCUCGUGAAACGGAGAAUUUGUAUUGGGAAUACGACGAACAACUCGCGAGAGUCUGUCUUGACAUAGAAGAGGAAGAGAAAGGACGGACUGAGCAGGUGAGGUUGAGUGAUGUGAAAAAGGGAACGGGCCGUUUUCAGUUCGGAGGAGAUCCCAUGGGACAACCGCUCGGUAAUUUGUUUACCGAAACCAGCCAUCAUUCUCUUCUGUGAGUCCAGAUUCGCAAGUUCCCGGAACACAACUUCUCUUCAGAUCACAGCUGCUCAGCACUGCUCCCAAUCAUCAACCGUUGCUGGAUCGUCCGAUUGCUUCUCCUCUGCAAUCUGCUUCGAGUAGAGAAUCUGAGCCACACUUCAUUACCACCAUUUCGAAUUCAAGUGCUCGGGCUCCACUGCUCAGCAAGUUACUCUCGGACCCUUCGACGUCGAAGGAGAAUGGAAUCAAUGGAAAGAAAGAGGGAAUGCAUUUGCGACCACCGGCUAUGAUACAGAGUCUUCCGAUGAUCAUUCCGGAUCGGAAGCGUCGCGCAGCUACUCCAUUGGACCCUCGGUCUCCAGUGCUGCCAAGUCCGAACGGACAGUACCUUUCCCAUCUGAUCGUCGACGUCACAUCGCCCCACGAGCUGAAGAGACUUCUCUCUAUUCUGGUUAGUUUUUUUUAAAUGAAAGCGUUUCAAGAAUCAGAUAAGAGAUGAUGAUGUUGCAUUGCAAAAGUCAGAACGGAAUGAUAGACGUCUUCUGAUUGCAGUAUUAUUUUCGGUGUCUCUACUUCCUAACCGGUAAAUAGUGCGUGCCGAUUUCUUUAACACGUCUUCUCGCUCCUCUUCUUCCUCAUCCCAGUCUGUGUUUUGUCUCCCUCUUUUUGCAGUCACAUCUUCUCGGAAGAUGAGAUGGGGUCUGGCAGCGCGCGCAAAUUCCCACUCACAAACAGCGAAAGAGCAGGCGCCGGAUGAGGCGCCGACCAUGAGUGCAGGCAGAGAAAUAGUGAGCGCCGAGACACUGGGGGAGCGGCGGGCGAAGAGUGGUGCGCGAGCGUGUGCGCGUUGCGUGUGCCUUGUGUGUGGCUUUCUGUGAGCGGUGAGUUGAAACUAUUCACUACAGAGAUAAAGUCGCCAAAAACAGGUACGGAGUGAAUUCAGAAUGAGUGAUUGGUGCAUCUUGAGAAUCUCGAAACUUUCAGAUCGAUCAUGGAUUCUCUCGAUUCCAACACGUCGGAAGCACGGAUAUGUGCUCAGCAUCCGUCCCAGCAGGUGAGGAUGCUCUUAAGAACUAACCAAACUGGGCUGACCUUGAUCAACCACUGAAACUUGCUACUCUGGGAGAAAACUCACAGACACUCACUCAACACGCUGACGCAGCUGACUAGGCGGAGACAGUGGAGACGAGUAGUACUACGGCUUGCCCGUUAGAGCGCAGUUGCAUUGCAGGCGUUAGAAGGAGGAGAUUUACUGUCGCACUGAUAAAAAAUGAUGGAAAGGACGGAGUGGGGUUACGGUAGAUGAGAAAGCACGUUUUCAUUGCAGGAAUCAGACGAGCUCCGAUUAAAAAGACACCAUCAAACGAGCCAGUGAUAGAUGAUUUGUUCGAAAGGUACUUACACAGCCACGAAGUAAGCGAAUUUGGAUAUUUGAAUUCAGAGAGGCAGAUACUCCAUUUUGGUUGACUCAGUCAAACGAUGACGUGGCAGCUCCACAUGAAAAUGCGAUGGAUUUGAUGAAGGAUAUUAGUAGCCGAGUGGAAAGAGUAGAAGUGAAAGUGGAGCCGUGCUGUGAAGAAGACGAAGAAGAGGACGAAGAAAUGGACGAAUCGACUGCGGAACUGGAAGCACAACUGGCAUCUGAAGCGUUGACGAACGGAUUGGCUCUUUUCGACAAAUCACCUUCGAAAAAAGCGAAGAUUAGUGGAAGUACGUCUAGCAGUGUGAAUGGCGACAUUGUGCCUGCGGAUUGCGAGUUGUGUCGGUCGAGAAUCCGUUUGAAUUCGGGUGGAUCGAAAUGGAACCUGUAUGAGCACGUGAUGAUGAAGCAUUCGAUCUACAGAGCAUUCAAGUGUCCAAUUUGUCCGUACCAAGCCGGCCGGAAGGUACGCGUUCGUCAGCACUGUUUUUCGCAACACAACAAGGAAUCCGAGCCGAUAGAUUUAACGUGAGUGGGCUCUAAAAAUGAAAUAGAGUGCGGCAAAGUUAGAAAACCACGGUUGUAUUGUCAAAUUUCAGAACUCCGGAAAUCCGUCGUGAAUGGCUCGAAACGAUGUCUCGGUGCUUCCCGCAUCAUCAAUACGGAAAACACACACUUGCCUCUCGAACUCAGUGAAGAAUCCCGAAAAAGAUAAUUUUACUAACGCGCAGCAUAAUAAUUUGACAUACUCUGAUUCCUUUUAAUUUCACAUCUUGCCAAAGAUCGCAGAGUGAAUAGAUAUGCGGUUAAAUUUUUCUAUUACUUAUUCAACUCGUUGUUACAAUGAAAUUUCCACUUAUCAUUUCUACCAAACGUUUUUGUUUUUAUUGGCCGUGUCGCCACCGAAUAGUCGAUUCUAUUUGUGAAUACCUACGACGGCGUCACCCGUCACUCUCCUCCGCCUCACCCGAUCUUCUAAAGGUGUCGUCGUCGUACCAACAGAACCCGGGCGGAAUGCCGAAGUUUGUAGUUAUCGAGCUGAACGACGACGCAUCGACCAUCGACGUGCUCAGCUAUUGCGUAAGUCCAUUCCAAAUUAAUAAUUUCCUUUUGUUGUCGCCCGCUUUCUAUCGAUCACGCAUUUUAUUUGUGCUCAUCCUUUCCCUCAUUCAAAUGUGUGUUGUUGAAAAUCAAAAAUAUUUUGAUUAGUGCGCAAGUCUUUAAUCUUAAUUAGUGCGCUAAUGCAUUCAUAUCAUGUCGUCCUUCAAAUGUAGAAUGUCUGCAAUCUGUCUAGACAUUGCGCUUUGUAGAGCUUUGAAUAACCUUGAUACAAAAUGGAUACACGUUGGAUAUUAUCCACAGAAUGUUCCUCUUCUCAGCCGAAGUCCCCUCUGUUUCUGUUUCCCUCACUCGUUCCAUUCGUCAUUUUCUUUCGCACGGUGCUCAUUUCAAAUUCGUGGCCGUGGCUCCCUGUCCUCUCUCUCCCUGUACACUUUUAUGGAAUCGACCGUUCUUUUUCGACGGAGCGCUCGCAUAAAUGUGCAAAAGCGAGCUGCUGCAGCCACGCCGCUCUCGCCCCGUUCGACUUUGCAUUUUCUGUUCUCUUUUUCCAUAGACGCGAGCACACCGUACUUUCAUGGCUGGAGACAGCACGCAGUGAACAGAGAGCAGAGAGUCUCUUCUUGUACGGAGCCGCCCCGCUCUAUCACUUCGCCCGAUAGACGCUACUCGUCCCUUCGCUGUCGGUGACACGCAACAGUUUCGGUAACUUCCCUCUUUGGCCGACACGUCGAGCAGCACGCCAAUGCCGACCUUCUCUCUUUGCUUUUCGCCAAAUUUGUUCUUUUCCCAUUUGAGUGGGAUACAGUAGGCAGAUAGGAAAACAAUGAAAGAAAGCUUUCACUUUCUGGCGCGUCAACCUUUUCUCUUGUGACUCUGCAUAGCUCCAGCGAAGAGAAAAGUCCGAAAGCAUUGGGAAAACAAUUGCAAAUCUAGAUUUGAUUCGGGCGCUUCUUCUAUUGUGCUCUCGGCCCGUCUGUAAGAGCUCACAAUAGAAUAUGACGGCGUCGUCGUCCGGAAUGUACAUGCCUCUUUUCGUCUCCCUUUUCCCAUCCCUUUCUCUUGCCCGGGUAGAGUGCUGUAUGCACAAUGCACACACCUGACAAACUGUACUCGUCGUCGUCGUCGUCGUCGUUGUGCUGCUUGCGAACAACAACAAAACUGUGCGCUGUUUCCGUCAUUUCUUUGCCGUCUUCUAAGCAUCCGAGAGCGAUAUCAUAAAAUCGCGGCACAAUGCCUAAAUGUGUGUGAGCGAGUGCAAAUAUUCGGAGCAAGGAAGAGCGAGCACACCGUCCGAGGCAGACAGUAUCAUGCUCGCUCUCUUCCCCUUUCUUUCCGUUUUCCCCUUUUCUGCUUUCUCCCCUAACUGCUUUUCUGACUCCAUUCAGCUCAUCCAUCCUCUCAUCCCAGAUGAGUCUUGCAAGUGUCUACAGUCACUUAUUACAAUUAUCCACGCUGACAGAGACCUCUUCGUUUCCACUCAUCCGUCGCGCACUAAUCCAUUGAAACUCCUCGACUUCUUCUCCUGUCUUCCACGCAUACAUCGCUCUUGACUCCAAUUCAUUCCCAUGCAAUUCGCCGACAAGCGCCCGGAAUAAGGUCAAAUUGAGCAUUAUGUCGGAAGAAAGAGAAAGUCGCGGGAAGAGUAGGAUCUCUUGAAAGCGUCGGUUUAAAAUACUUUCAGUGCGGCGGAUUUACAAUGUAUGGCGACUGGAAACGCAUUACUGUAACAACCUUGAUCACAGGUUCUCGUUUUGACUUCUCCUUUAAAAUAAAUCUGAAAUAGAGCAGGUCAGCAGAUGUAUCUCUAGGAUAUACUCAAUUUACCGCUCUUGCCCCCUCGGUGCUUGCAGAUUCUAAUUUAAUUUUUUUCUAAUUUCCGGAAAUUUUGGCUCGAGUCUGCAAACACCGAGUGGGAAUAGCGAGAAAUUGAGUUUAUCUUUCAAGUUUCCUAUGUUCAGUCCCUCUCUUCCGAAUCUUCUCUCUUCAAAUUCGUAUCCAGACCGGCAUUCGCUUCUUUCGUGCGAUGAGUUUACGGCAUUAUGUGAACGUUCGCGCACAGUGCGCAUUAGUCGUCUUCUCCUCCGAUCUCCGUAGCGCAUAUUAUUUCGAUCCGUCGACUUUCUCUUCUUCCAUUUCGGCCUAGUGGAAGGCAAAUGCAUAUCUCCGCGCAGUCACCCGUCGAGGCCGCCCGGCAGCAAAGACGGACACCCGUACUUUCGGCUCGCGAUGACCCAAAUUUUCUGGCUACUGACGGAGGAAGAAGUUGACGGAGGUGUGACGCGGCCUCUCCGGUCUAUAAAUCGGGGUCGAUUGGAGCCAAUUCAGUCGGUUCGCGCACGCAUGCCUAAAUCGGAUUCGUUCUACCAGCGUGAUUCACACAACGCCCGGCCAUUAUUGCACACAAUAGAAUCGACAAAUCGAGGGUUGACGACGACAACGAAAAGAUGAGCGGGCGCGCCGAGCGAGAGAAGGGCACCACUCAAACUGGUUUUCUCUGAGUUACAACCAGGACGGACAGGCAUCGAGGCCAUCAUUCGUUUUAUUGUCAGAGCCAAUGUCAGAGGCGUCGUUAAACAGCGUGCAUCAAACAGUGAUUGAAUCAGUCAGUCAGCGAGGCAGCGAAACAUAAUCGGACGGGUUACUGUAGAUAUAGUGCGGAAGAGCUUUCGAGUGUCUGAUAAAUCAAAAAGACUAGACAAAGGAACCAAAGUCGGUUUGAUGAGAUAAACACUCGUAGGAACAUCACCCAAUCACUACCUGUAGAUUUACGAUGACUCACAAUCAGUAGUCAUUCACUUCGCCAAACAGUCCCUUUUGUUUCUCCGAUCUUGUUCACUCCUCUUUCAUCCCUUCUUUCGUGUGCACAAAUCCCCUCGAAUUAGAGAUGAGCCUGUCCUUUCGCUCAGUGUGCAUGGGAAUCCCAUAGACCUAGACAACACUGUCGCAUCACAUUUUUCAAACUCUCUCACUCUUCUAACCGAAUUCAUUCGCCCUCUAAAAUGUCGCAAAUGUCUCGUAAAUAUAAAUGAGAGCACGCGACAUUUGCACAAAGAAAAAAGAAAUUCCGCCGUAUCCCUUUCUAGGACGUUUGUUCGUACGAAUACGCGCUUACAAGGCCAUUCUACGGUGCACCUCUGUCGUGCAAAUGUCUUUAAAAUCUGCUCGUUCCAAGGACGUCUUUCUUAUGUAUUGUUUGAAUAUUUCUUUCGUCUAAAGUCUGUCCUUGCUAUCCCUUUUCUUGUCUGCACAUUCACAGAUGCUCGGCGAUACGAUCCCCGGUCCCCUAGAUCAGCGAUUUUGACAGUUGUGAGCGACAUCGUAAGCGUAAUCCGGUCGGUCGCGCGGGCUUUCGUUCCUCCUCCUGUCUCUCAAGUUGGAAAUGGGAGCAACGUCGUCGAAAUGCGCGAUUCGGGUGCGUCGGGGCGAUAAAACUCAUGACCGGCGGCGACGUUUGCGCGAGAGACCGAAACUGUCUGGUCGUACGUUCGUCUCCCGGCAUCUCUCGAUCUCUCGCGGUGACGACGACGACGACUCGAAUUCCGAAACUCGUUGUGCUGCUGCUGCUUCCGACGAUAACUUGGCCGGCUGCACCGUAUCUCUUCGAUUACGCUCUCGCACUUCGCCGCGCUAUUUCUCCAGAAGGGCGCCCGUGCGCGCAGUGGACAGUAGCCGUCGAAAAAUAAAAGAAGAUGAGCCAGUUUUGUCUUCCACCACUUCUUCGUCUUGCGCUGGCGCGCACACACACAGACGCAUCCUCGCCCCUUCUCUCACACAUCUUCUUCCUCUUCGCCGAUUCUCAAGCGAUUCCCCGGGACGCGGGAAGAGGGACUGGCUCCUGUCUGCGUCUCGCUGAUUGGUGCUGUGUGCGAUAGCAGAAGAAGGAGAAGAAGACGGGUCUCUCUCUCUCUCUCUUUCUCUCUCUCUCUCCCUCCUUCUCCUGGCAUGUCGCUCGUAAUAACAACCCGACUGCACACAAACGAUGCGCACGCAUUCCGAUAGAAUUACGGUGGAGUGAUGAUGUGCAAGGCCGGUUCUAGGCCAACCUACGGACCAAUUAUUGACCGGAUUCACCGACGCAUGUCGGAGUUACGGCGUUGGAACGUGUGCACAGAUGGGAGCAGAAAGCAUGGGGAAAAACAUUAGACGACUACCACGUGAACUGUAAUGAACAUCUCAAACUUAGGUGAACUGGAGUGAAAGUGUGAACAACGGUGUUUUCAUCACUUUGGCCGUUUAGUGUAAUAAUUAUAGCACGUGAGACACCUAGACAGUGAUGGUGAGACGCACUUAAUCAGUAAGCGCUCUUCGGUGUCUUACUAAAACUUGGCUCAGUCCCUUAAGGGUCUCUAGUCCAUCGAACAUUGAAUAUCAAAGAGCCGAUUUCCGGUUUAGACAAAAGAGGGAGCCAGCCUCCUGUGUCGGAAUCCCUCAACAUUCAUCCGUCACUGUCUCUGAGCGACGAUCGACUCCAAUUUGUCAUCAUAAUACAGCCGCCUGUCGCGUGUGUCUCUUCUGAGCGUCUCUGUCGGCCUACCAAUUGUAGCCGUCGGUCCCCUCCCGCUCGCGCACUGACGCCACCGUGCCGACACUCUUCUACCCAUCAAUUUUAGUUCGGGCGGGUUGUUUUGAUACAUACAUACAGUGCUCGAGUAACCUCCGCCGCACCUCACCUCUUCAAUUACCAUGCGCGGCCCUCCGAAGUGCUCAUUUUACAAUGCGACAAUUACGGAAAUCCCCGAGAGUGCGAUCGUCGGGAUCCACAAAACGUGCCCAUGAGCAAAGAGCGCAUCCCCUCUUUCGGUCGUCAAUUACUAAACAAUGUCCUUGAGCCCGCUCCCCGUUGACGACCGUCUACCGAUCGCUUCGCACCUCUUCCACCUUCUUCUCCAACUUCCUUCGCCACUGGCUCGUCGGCGGUGGCAAUCAGGAACGUAGUCACAAUGGUUGGAUCUUCUGUCGCCAGGUGCACGGUCCCCGACGGAGCUUGUUUUACCAGCCGACUGUCCUUCGGAAUGGUACAAUGAAUAAUCACGCAAAGUGUGAAGGCCGACUGAGCCGAAAAUGGGUGUGCGCAGUUUUGUCGCGAGUUGUUGUUGCGCAUGAGCGGCCUUCCGUUUCAAGGACGAUUCGGAGAUGGCCGUAGGCACCGAUAGAACGAUCGGACGGGUUGAGAAGAUGAGCAAAGAGUUUGAAUGACAAUGAAGACGAUGGAUCGUGCGCAUUGGAAAUGUGCGAAGGUGGCCUAGAUUAGUGCGCGGUAAUGGGAAUGUGAAUCAAAGAACUCAAACAAAAAUCUCAUUCGCUGGGGAAGAAUAAGAACAGAACGGACUAAUCCCACGACAAGUACGAGAGCCUUGCUCUUUAUGCGACAAUUUAUGCUAAUGCUCAUUGCGUUAAUACCAGGGUGGUAGAUCAAUCUUGCCAGCGAAGGUGAUAUUCAGCGGAUGACGUCGAUAGACAUCUGAGCACUGACGAGUCCCAGCCGGUCGGUCGUUGCACCACAAUCCAAUCGAUCCCUACCAUACGGUGAGCAUUUAUUUCCUUGAAAGCGUCGUUGUGUUCACUGCGCGAAGACUCGUUCCUUCCUUGUUUUUGUUAGCUUCACACAUCCAUCGUUGCAACAUGGCUUGUGUGCGGACGGGCGCAUCAGAUGAUCGUCGUCCUCGUCUGCUGCUUCUUCUUCUUCUUUUCCAUCUUCCAUUCAAUUCGGCGCACACAGCAGAAGCACUCUCAUCCGCAAACCGGCUUGCCAGUCACCCCGGGCGCCCUUCUCUCGGGGGCCAUCGCUCCGUCGUGUCCCUAUUACACUCCACCGCUCACAGUUCGCCUCUUUCUCAUUUUUCUCCUACUUCGGUGACGACGACGAUGUCGCCAAUUUGAAUGCGCGACUUCUUCAGAGUGUGUGAGCGCGCUCUCCGAACAAGGGAUACAGAAGAAGUACGGCGGCCCAAAUUGCUUGCCAUAACAAUUUCGGGCCGACGCCGACAGCAGCAACGACGCCAUUUGCUUUUUGCUUAUCACGAAGUGAAGCAAGAACCGGUUGGCACUCGUCGCCGACACCAACGCCAUCACAAGUGCGUGCUCGUCUUCUUCUCGUAGCCACUGCCGACGCCUUCUUCUUCCUGCUACUUGAGACUGUAUCGGUUCCACAAGAGUUUUAGUCCUGCGGGAUCCCUCUGCGAGUACAAUAAUGAGAGAAGUUAGAGUGCGAUCCAUAAUGCAAAUGACUAUGUAAUGCAGGUUAUCUAGAUGCCUCCGGGAGCACCCCGCUCCCUAUCUUCUCCAUCCAUCUUUUCACUCAAAUCGGAGAUUGGCCUUGACUCGUACAGUAGUAUUUGCAGUCUUUCAUUUGUCGAAUGGGUCAGCUCUUCGUUUAAUUUCUGUCUGACUCAUCAUUAACUACUGCAUUCCCCACUCUGAAAAGUACUCUUCUUCGCCGUGACGGCUGCCGCUCAGUUGGCGAGCGAUUCGUUUCUCCCUCUCUAAAACUCGUUGUGUUGGUGACAGGCUCCUGAAGGAGGAGAACCGCCCGACGUCUUCUCUCGGCGUCGUCUCGCACACUAUUUCGGUGCCCUCGCAACGACUAUGCGGACGUACAGAAGAAGAGCCAAAAACGAGUUUUCUGUAGAUGGACGCGGAGAAGGAGGAAACACAGUCUCCGUCGGAAGACGAAGAAGACGUUUCUCAUUCCUCGACGUGCGCCGUCUCUUGCUUCCCCGUGAUCUUUCUCUCACUUCAUAGGCGUGCGGCGGCGAUGUAAACAGUAGCAGCGCCCCCAGGAGACAGCGGGGUACUGUAGAAAGAGAGUGCUCGGCGAGUAGUGCGCAGAGAACCGUGAUUGGGUAAUUUAUCGAAUGAUAACCACAGUCCUUAGUGUCUCAAGAGACGAAAAGGGGAAAUGACUUCUAUGACUCUCUCGUGCUGGUUUUCAUCGGGGGUUUGGCUUUGACAAUCAGAAAACCUAGACACCAAUCGAUCACUUUUCCAAUGUCGGUGAUAUGAACGUCUCUCGGAGAGUUCAUUUAUCUUGUCCGUCUUCGAACUUCAUGUUCUACUGAGCGUUCAUGAAAUGCAAAUUGCGAUACUCUCAUCCUCUCCCGUCAAUCGCCGCCGUCUCGUCGUCCGUUUCUAGGUCACCGGAGCGGCGACAGCCCUGAUAAUUGAUAUGUGCGCAGUUUAUGACACAUUCCCAGAGACCUUGACGAGCUCCCAAUUCCUUCCUUUUCACAUCCACUAUUACAAUUCUUCCGUUUCGUCCGCAUGUUUCACCUCUAAAAAAUGAUUCCCGUUCAGAUUCUAUUCAUGAAUUGAGCCGGCUCCGCCUCCAAUGCUACUGUAGGUGGAGUUUGUAUCUCACCCGGGACGCCACGCCCAGUCGCUCCUCUCCCACAACUUCACUCUUUCGGGCGUGUUCCCUUGCCCCCUCCCCGUACUCGUUGGAGUCGCAGAACGAUUACGGUCAUGACCCAGUCGGAGAUUUGGAUCUCCGACGGGCUCGCUGAGUUGGCAAUGCCUGUGGGUACGUCUCUUCCUUCUGUGACUGCCAACCAUUACCUGUUUUAUUCGCUCUUUUGUCUUGUGGCCUUGAGCCUCCCCGGUCGCAUGACUAUUGAUGACGCACGGGAUACCGGCCUCAUUUCUUCAUUGCUCCUUCUGCUCAUGCUCAAUUCUUGUGCUCCGAUGCUCUUUUCGAAAGCUGUUUAGUUAUAUUCUCGCUACCACAGAUGAAUAAUUUCUAAUUAGUCUGCUUUUUGAGCAUUGAUCGCUUACUGUACGCCAUCUGUCUUCUCUCUUCUCUUUCGUCAAGCACCCUAACAUAUGACCUCAAUGUUUUCGUCACUGAGCCACGCGCCACGAAAUCCUUCGUCCGCUCUGCUUCUCCGUUCUGUCUCCAAUCUCUCACUCACCUUGAUCGUCGUUGGCUCUGAGGCACGCCGACGCUCCGCCUUCGCGCGCGCGCUCCUCCCCUUUCCGCGCUCGCUCACGCACAAACCGGCCAUUCCCUCACUCGCCUCGGGCGACGCACCCUUCGCUUCCUUCUGCUCCUUUAAAAUCUUCUAUUGAAAUGUUGAAAUAUUCUAGGUCAAGAAGAACUUCGAACGUGUUUCGCUGCUCAGUCGUCUUGAAGACCAUCCAUAUCUUCGAGAUGAGCAAGACGUUGUGCAAGACGAUGCACAAUCGACAGGGAAUGAUAGCAUGCUCCUGCAGCUCAACGAUGAAGAGCGACAGCGGCUAAUGAAGAUGAUCAGCAAUCCCGGGCCGCAGACUUUGAGCAUGGAACGAAUACAAAUGGCUCCGGGACAGGGACAACAUCUCAUCCAGCAACACCAGAUACCAUCGACAUCCACCUACACUAAUGUGAGUUACUCAGAAUUUAAGUUCGCAAUCUAUCGAUAUAGUCUUUAGAGCUCCUUCAUCUACAUCAAAAGUGACCAACAAUACAAAGAUGAAUCGGCCAAUUCGUCCAGUCAAUUCGAUGCCACAGUCAAUUCUGUGGCCCACGGACAGGCAGGGCUCUCGAGUCUGGAGAUGUUCAGUUGCAACGGAAGUCCCACUGGCGGAGACGUUCUUCGUCGGAAAACACCUACACGAAAAGCGGAAGACUCCAUCAAAGCGACGUGCAAGGUGUGUGGACACGAUGUGAUGUACUCUCCUCAACGGACGUGGAAUCUGAUGCGUCACGUGUGGAUCAUGCACCAGUCGUCGAAGCCCAAUCAGUGCUCGAUCUGUGGAUACUCGCACAUCAAACCGUACGUACGGAAGCACAUUGAAUCACAGCACAAACACGAAACCAAUGCGACAAUCAUUGACCUAAGUAAGUUUCUCUCGCAUCGAAACAGUUCAACAGUCGCAUUUUGUAGAUCGCCGGAGCUAGAAGCUGAAUGGAGUCAGUUGCUGGAUCAGUGCUUUGGAGUAACAUAUCGAAAGUGGAAGCACCACAAAGAGGACGCUCAGCACACCGGUGGGUUACUGUUCGAUGACGACGAGUUGAGAGGGUGAGCGAGAGAGCCGAUGUCCAAGUCCGUUGAGCGCCAGUGUAGUCUUUGCAGCGGGUGAGGAGGACUAUGCUCAUGAACAUAACUUCUCUCCAGAAGAAGACGUGAUGACUACACUCUAA